AUGCUAUGCUUGAUCGAAGGGACCGUGUCUCUGGGUCGCUGUACUGGUAAGCCAGCAUUGGAGGCGAGGCGUGUUGAUCACCCAUCGUUGAACCAAUCUUGGAAACUCACAUUCCAAGCUCAUCGGGCUAACAGGCUACGCAUAGAGUACCUACUAGGUAGUCUGCAGAGUACGGACAUGACCUUCUCCAUAUCGUCGGGAUCAAUACAUGCAUUUGACGGGUUGAACAGGGCCCCAACGGUGUGCUCGUACACCAUCCGACUUGAUUCUGUGAGACUGAGAAAGUACACACUCUACGUUGAAUCCCAUCAGCCACAGACGACCUGGACAAAGAAGAAAGGUCGAACUGCCGAGCUGCAGUCAUCAGCUGCUACCGUACCGUGGUCCGCAUUGACUUUUAGCGUCGGCGAAACAAGUAGGAAAUCCCCCAAGCAACACCAAAACACACGGCCACUCUUGUCAGCUGCAAUGCCCGAAGCUUUCCUAUCCCGGUUUGCCUGGACAUGGAAACAUGCUCACAAGACGGAUCCAGUUCCCCAUCAUCAUCUGGGCAAUGGUCGAGGCACGACAGAACGUCGACAUGCUGGUCCUGCAUUGUGUCAACCGCUGUACCGGCGUGCCCACGACGAUGGAGGACGACGUCAAGAGAUCGCGACCCACUCUGCCGAGCAAAUGCAACUUCAUAAGAUCGUCAUGCGAGUUCCGAAUCCGCCAUCCAUGCAUCCUUCAGAGGACACGAGUCAACAGCCUGUCAGCCAAGGCACGGCCCCGCAAAGUUGCCAACCAAAGAACACACUGUUGGCGAGAUGUGGCUUCUGCCUCAUGCUUUGUAUGGACUCGUCGCCCAUCAUGACGUCCAUGGGAGUUCAAGAGAUACACACCUUCGGCCAAGAUACCUCGAUAGAGAAAGCGGAGAACUUCACAUUCAACAGCAGUGAUCGAUCAACAGAGGAAUUCACAUGGACCGAAGAAGAGGAGACCAAAGUUCGACGCAAGCUAGACAAAGUCAUCGUGCCCGUCACAACGUUCCUAUAUCUGCUAUGCUUUCUCGAUCGUGCCAACGUCGGUAAUGCGCGUAUCCAGGGUAUGGGAGAGGAAUUGAACCUCGUUGGAUACAGAUUCAACUGGGUCACCUCCAUCUUCUAUAUCAUCUACAUGUUCGUCGAGGUGCCUAGCAACCUGAUCCUGAAAAGGAUUGGGCCGAAAUACUACCUCCCAUUCCUCGUUGUCGGCUUUGGCAUGGUCUCGCUAUGCAGUGCGUUCGUAAAGAGCUUCGAGGGUCUUCUGGCUGCAAGAGCUCUGCUCGGUGUGUUCGAGGGUGGUGUCAUGCCUGGUAUCGCCUUCUUCAUCACCUGCUUUUACAAGCGUAAUGAACUCCUUCUACGUAUCGGAAUCUACGUCUCAGCAGCUUCCAUGGCAGGUGCUUUUGGUGGACUCCUGGCUACAGUCCUCGCUCGUAUCCCUGAAUGGGGGGUUUCCGCCAUGCGAAUUCACACCUGGAGGAAUAUCUUUUUCUUUGAAGGACUUCUUACUGUGCUCGUCGGUCUCGGCGCACCCUACCUCAUGCCCCGAUCUCCCAAGGAGUGCUGGUUCCUCAACGAGCGCGAACGCAUGAUUGCCCACCAACGACUUGUCGUCAAGGGCGGAGGUGCCGAGGACGAGAAGACCGAAGUGCAUCACAUCAAGCGCGCCAUCUUCAACAUUACAAACUACUUCUGCGCCUUUGGCUUCUUCUUCAUCAACAUCACCGUUCAGGGUAUCUCGCUCUUCAUGCCCACACUCCUCCGCGAUCUCGGCUGGACAGCAACAAAGGCUCAGCUGUACUCUGUUCCACCGUAUGUUUGUGCCUGCGUCAUUGCCAUUGCUGUCGCUUUUCUUUCCGACAAGACCAACCGUCGUGGUAUCUGGCUUGCCAUCUUCACCCUCCCCGCCAUCGCUGGCUUCGCCAUUUUGCGCUGGGCUACGAGCCCCGACGUUCGCUACGGCGGUAUCUUUUUAAUCACCAUUGGCGCAUUCCCCGGUGGGCCCGGAUUCCUCGCCUGGGCUGCCAACAACGCGGGAGGACCAUCUGUCCGCUCCGUAUCCACAGCCUACGUCGUCACUUUGGGUACGGCCGGCGGCAUCGUAGCGACAUGGACCUACACCUUCACAGACGCCCCCAAAUACCACACGGGCCACACCAUCAACUUGGCAGGUCAAAUGGCCGUCCUCGUCCUCUCCCUCUUCGGCAUCGGCUACUGCAAUUGGGAAAACAGGCAGCGCGACAAUGGCAAGCGUGAUCACCGCCUCGUUGGCAAGUCGGAGAAUGAGAUUAGAGAUCUUGGAUACAGACACCCCGAGUAUCGUCUCAUCACCUAG